GGUGUUGUUGAUGUUUUGUCUCAAACUGCUCCGGUGCGGCGAUAGGCUUGGUAGUGUUUUUUUGUCAAUGCUAAGUCGAAAUGUAAACCAUGUUUUGCACUAAUGUGACGAGAGUGAUAUAAUUGAAAAGUGAAAGUAAUUUCCUGUCUGCGAAUAAGUAUUGCUACCUAAGUCACUAAAUAUCCUUAAUCGCUUGUCCCGGAUUUUGGCCUAUUUAUUAGAAGUGAUAAAAUAUUAUUCGGCCACAAUGACUUAUCCUACCAUGAAUGCAAUGAAGAAACGUUCCGGAAUGGACCCUUCAAACGCCAAUAUCAACGACCAGAAAUCCGAAUCCGAACGUGAAAAUUCAAUAACAUCCAAUAACACCGUUGGAUCCACGAAAACGCACCCGUCUGCAUACUUAAUAUUUGUGUCACUGCUGUUGGACUUGUUGGCGUUCACAAUGAUUCUUCCGUUGUUACCUUCAAUGCUAGAAUAUUACAAAAAGAAUGAUACUGGUGGACUUUACGGAUAUCUUUCUGAUAGCAUAAGAAGUUUUCAGCAUUGGCUAGGUGCACCGGAACGGUUCAAUUCGGUUCUAUUUGGUGGUGCACUUGGAUCGCUGUUCAGUUUUUUACAGUUUAUUGUGAGUCCGAUCGCAGGUGGUUUAUCCGAUAUCUACGGCAGGAAGCCUGUGUUGAUUCUAUGUGCCAUUGGCAUAGCUGCAUCGUAUGGAUUGUGGGCCUAUUCGUAUAACUUCUCGCUUUUCAUAUUGGCACGAGUAGUUGGAGGUCUGAGCAAAGGCAACAUAUCAAUUUGCAUGGCAAUUUUAACUGAUGUUUCUAAUGAACGAAAUCGUGGCAAAGCGAUGGCUCUGGUCGGAAUCGCUUUCUCGCUUGGUUUCAUCGUGGGACCAAUGAUUGGUGCUAUUUUCUCAAAAUAUUCUGAUAAGAACGACUCGCAUUGGUUUUGGCUGCCAGCCACUUUUGCCAUGGGUUUGGCCUCGGUAAAUGUGGUUUUCAUUGCACUUUGUUUGAAGGAAUCUCUCCCGAAAGUGAAACGCACGAAAAAAAUAACUCACACACUAGCAAAUGCUGCGGACCAUAUCAGUAUUACAUCGUUGUUCAAAUUCUCCGCGGUACCGAAGCUUUCGAAGCACGAUAAAGAUUCGCUCAGAAGACUGGGAUUGAUAUAUUUUAUAUAUUUAUUCAUUUAUUCUGGAUUGGAAUUUACCAUUACAUUCCUUAUGUAUCAUAAAUUCAACUACACAUCGAUAGAUCAGGCUAAAAUGUUCCUCACAACUGGUGUGAUAAUGGCCCUUCUACAAGGUUCAGUCGUACGAAGAUUGCCACAACACUUGACGCAGAAGUCGGCUGUGGUUGGGCUGAGUUUAAUUAUUCCCGCAUUCAUAAUUGUUGGAGUCGCCGAAAACAGUCAGACGUUGUAUCUUGGAAUGAUCUCGUUUGCCAUAUCAACCGCGUUUGUGGUGACUUGUAUGACGACGCUCACUUCCAAGUAUGGUGACUUUGAUCAGAAAGGUACCGUACUCGGAAUUUUCCGCUCGCUAGGAGCGCUCGCUCGUGCCCUAGGACCCAUUAUAGCCUCGAUUGCAUUCUGGAGUGUAGGUUCUAAAGUAACAUACAUUUUCGGUGGAGUCCUAUUGAUCUGCCCUUUACUAAUGCUUCAACGGUUGAGAUUAUCAUAACUAAGCUGAUUGUUGCCAGGAGUUAAUUUACGUGAUUCCUUCCAGUUUAUACACUGUUUACAGUUUAUUUACACUUUUUGAGACAGUAUUUAUUAUAUUGAUAUUUGUUUCGAGCACCAGUGGAUCAAUGUUAUUUGUUAAGCUGUAAUAAAUUUGGUUUUGAAAUUA